AUGGAUACUAGUUGGAUUGAUUUACGCAAUGGGGAUCCUGCUUAUUAUAGUGGUUGCUUGAAAUUCAUGGAACUUGCGAAGGAGACUCUUGUUGAAGGAAAAACACGAUGUCCGUGUAACAAGUGCAAGUUAAAUAAAUGGCACUUCGUAGAAGAAGUUGGAGGACAUAUUUUGCUUAACGGUUUUCUUAAAAAAUAUCGAAAUUGGGUUUUUCAUCGUAAAGUCAAUGAAGGGAGAAAUAGCUUUGAAACCCCUAGUGGUCUAGGAAAUGCAGUAGGUCAAGAUGACAUGGGAGAGUUGCUAAGAGCAGCUUUUGGUGUUGACAAUUCAGAGUCGCAUAAUGAAUCGCAAGGCAUGCCCGAAGAUGAAGUUUUUUAUGACAUGCAUGAGGAGUUUGAUUUUCAUUGUGAGGUAGAUAAUGAAUUUCCAUCAAGUAACUCAGGUGAAGAAGAUGCUAAGUGUAAACGACUAAUGGAAGCCGCUGAUGAGGUUUUAUAUGAGGGAUGCACUACUUUCUCAAAGUUAUCCUUUAUUUUACACUUGUUUCACCUUAAGUGUAUGUUCCACUGGUCCGCAGAGUCAUUUACUAAAUUGCUUGAACUUCUAAUAGACGCAUUUCCUCAAAUUAAGGAGUUUUCAUCGUCUUAUUAUGAAGGAAAGAAGAUAGUGAACGAUUUGGGGUUAGGAUAUGAGAAAAUCGAUGCAUGUCCAAAUAAUUGCAUUUUAUAUUGGGGUGUAUUUGCAGACAAAGAUGAGUGUCAUGUUUGCCAUACAUCAAGGUGGAAAACAGUGAAAGAAAAGGAGGAUAAUAAAAGUGAGAAAGGAAAGAAAAUAUGUAAGAAGGGCGAGCCAGCUAAAGUAAUGCGAUAUUUUCCUCUUAUACCUAGGCUAAAGAGACUCUAUAUGUCAUCUAAAACAGCUAAGGAUAUGAGAUGGCAUUUUGAACAUAAAGAUGAUAAGAUCUUAAGGCACCCGUCGGAUUGUGAGGCUUGGAAAAGUUUUGAUAAAAGAUAUGUAGAAUUCGCCGAAGAUCCUCGUAGUGUUAGAUUAGGUCUAGCGAGUGAUGGUUUCAAUCCAUAUCGUCUAAUGAAUACCAAUUAUAGUACAUGGCCGGUGAUUUUGAUUCCUUAUAAUUUGCCACCGUGGCUUUGUAUGAAGCCAUCAUCAUUCAUUUUGUCCUUGCUUAUUCCCGGAAAACAUAGUCCUGGGAUGGAUAUUGAUGUGUAUUUGCAACCAUUAAUCCACGAGUUAAAGUUAUUGUGGGAAGGUGUUCCAGCCUUUGAUGCGCAUAGUGGAAAUAAAUUUAAGAUGCGAGCAGCCUUACAUUCCACUAUAAACGACUUUCCGGCAUAUGCUAUGUUGUCCGGUUGGAGUACAAGAGGUUACAAAGCUUGCCCUACAUGUGCCCAUAAUACUAAUUCAUAUUGGUUUGGCGGCAGAAUGUGCUACACAGGGCAUCGAAAAUGGUUGCCAAUUGAUCAUCCUUAUCGUUCUCAAGGUAAUUUAUUUGAUGGGGAAAAUGAAUACGGGGUUGCUCCGGUCCCUGCAAGUGGGAUAGACAUUUUGAAGGAACUAGAAAAGGUUAAGUAUGUUUAUGGACAAUCAAAGAAAGCACAACCAAAGAAAAUAUCUAAGAAAAGAAAGAGACUUCAAGGUGGAACUUCUCAUGAUGAGCCGGAUGAUGAUGAUGGUGGUGAAGAGGAAGCCAAUGUUAUUUGGAAAAAGAAAAGUCUACUCUUUGAGUUGGAGUAUUGGAAACAUAAUCCUCUAAGACAUAAUUUAGAUGUUAUGCACAUUGAAAAGAAUGUGUGUGACAAUGUGAUAGGAACUCUUUUAGAUAUGGACAAAAGUAGAGAUGAUAAGCAAGCAAGACAGGCUCUCAAAGACAAAAAUAUAAAAUCUCAUCUUUGGCCUCAAUCUGAUCCAAAUCGUGUUAAUGACCAUUUGCCUCCCGCUGAAUACACCAUGUCUACAGAAGAGAAAGAACGUUUUUUAAGGGUCAUAGAAAAGCUUAAAGUUCCCGAUGGAUACGGGUCUAAUUUGCAAAGAUGCGUAAAUAUUAAGCAGCGUAAACUUAUUAAUUUGAAAAGCCAUGACAAUCAUGUCCUCAUGCAAGAUAUUCUUCCUAUUGCUUUAAGAGCAUCGAAUGCCACUAAAGUUAUUGACUUGCUUGAGGAGUUGUCUGACUUUUUCAAGAAUAUUUGUUCGACCACUAUUCAUUCUGAUGACUUGGAUACCAUUCAGUCAAAGCUUGUAUUGACUCUUUGUAAGUUGGAGAAAGCUUUUUUACCAAUAUUCUUCACAAUCAUGGUUCAUCUACUAAUCCAUCUAGUGGAUGAGGUCAAACUUGGCGGACCUGUUCAAUACCGAUGGAUGUAUCCCAUUGAAAGGUACUUGGCAUUUUUGAAAUCUCAUGUAAGCAAUAAAGCCCAACCUGAAGGGUCAAUUGUGGAAGGGUACCUCUUAUGGGAGACAAUUACAUUCUGCUCUAGAUAUUUAGAAAGUGUCGAGACCAUAUUCACCCGACCGAAAAGAAAUGAAGAUGGUGUUCUAGACAAUGACACCUAUUUAUAUCAUUCGGGUUGUCGUGUGGUUGGAAAGCAAGAAAACGUUCGUCUCGAUGACAAAAGUUUAAGACAAAUCCAUCGCUAUGUUUUGCUUCAUUCAGAUGAGAUGAAACCGAUUAUUGAUGCUUUCAUAUGCCAAAAACGGCAAGAGGAUGAAUGUGGAGGAAGUCAAUCCAACGAAAUUGUAGAAAAUGGGUGGAUAAUCAAUGAGUUCCCUGAGUGGUUGCGAAAUCAGGCCUAUAACAUAGAUGUUAGUACAACAGAAGGAAAGUUGAGAAAAGCCUUGGCCGGUGGUUUAAGUAAUUACAGUAAAAAACUUAAAAGCGUCAUUGUCAAUGGCUACAAAUUUGAUACUGUGGAACGCGAGCGAUUUCGCAAGACACAAAAUUCUGGAGUUUUUGUGGAAGCAGAUGGCCAAGAGUAUUAUGGAAGACUCCAAGACAUAUUCGAAUUAAAUUACUAUGGUUCUUUCAAGGUUAUAAUGUUCCGUUGUGAAUGGGUUGAUAUACAUAGGGGUUUAAAAACAAACCCAAAUGGUAGUGUUCGUGUAAAUUUCUCGAAGUUGAUGCACACUGGCCGAAAUUUGCAUGAUGAUCCAUUUGUUUUCUCAUCUCAAGCAAAACAAUGUUUUUACAUUGAGGAUGAGAUACAACAAGGAUGGUCGCAUGUUGUUAAGACUAAGCCUAGGGACUUCUUUGAUAUAGGCGAUGAUGAGCCUUAA